CAUACCCCAUAAGAGACGAAAAAAGAAGAUGAAAACUUGGAGAGAGAAAGAAAAAUGGUUGAGAGGUGGAUUUACAAAGAUGUGGUGCCAUUCGCCGGCAUGGUGGCGGCGGAGUGCGCCACCGUGGGAUCAAACACCGGCUUCAAAGCUGCCACCGCCGCCGGCAUCACCUACUACGUCUUCACCCUCUACGUUGCCGUCGUCGCCGCCGCCGCCCUCCUCCCUGUCGCCCUCAUCUUCCGCCGCAGAUCGCCGUCGCCGAAGCUUCCUCCCCACAAGAUUUCCUUCUUCUUCAAAAUCGUCUGCCUCUCUGCGCUCGGGCUUUCGUGCCAGUUGUUUGGGAAUAAAGGAUUGGAAUACAGCUCGCCAAAUCUUUCAUCUGCCAUUAGCAACCUCAUUCCAGCUUUCACUUUCGUUCUCGCCAUCUUUUUCAGGAUGGAAAAGGUAGCUUUCAAAAAAUCAAGCAGCAUAGCCAAAAUGGUGGGCUCUGCAGUGUCCAUUUCAGGUGCAUUAGUAGUGGUUCUAUACAAAGGCCCAAUUGUUAUAUCAAAUCCAUAUUCUGAAGGCCCAAAAGAUCACACUUUGGGCUCUUCACAAUCACAGCCCAAUUGGAUAUUGGGUGGCCUUUGCUUUGUUUUUCAAUACGUUUGCAACUCCCUUUGGUACAUUCUUCAGACCCAAAUCAUAAAAAUAUACCCAGAUGAGCUAAGUGUGCUGGCAGUGUACUAUGUUAUCCAGGCUCUUUUAACUGCUCCAGUGUGUUUGUUAGCAGAAACAGACAUCAAUGCUUGGAAACUCACAACUCCACUCCAUUUUCUUCUGCUUUUGAACUCGGGUUUGGUGGGUCAGUGUUUUGUUGCAUCGAUCCAUACUUGGGGACUAGGCUUGAAGGGGCCUGUUUAUGUCUCGAGUUUCAGGCCAUUGUCGAUUGCCAUUGCUGCUGCUAUGGGUGCCAUUCUCCUUGGUGAUGAUCUCCAUCUUGGAAGUAUAAUUGGAGCAAUCAUAAUAUCAGUUGGGUUCUAUGGUAUUUUGUGGGGGAAAGCAAAAGAAGAAGAAUUGAAGGAAUUAGAACAUGUUGGUACGUUGGAAUCUUCAUCCAAAGCUCCAUUGCUGCAAUGUUAUAAAGUUGAAGAUGCAUAAACUGAUGGAUUCAAUUCCAGUAUUCAUUUUUGUACUAUGAUUUUGAGUCAAUGGUUAUAAAACAAAAAAUGUAUUUGGGAAUUUUGUCAUCCAACUGGUAAAUGUAAAUAGUAUAAAGGUUUAAAUACUAUUUUUAUUCAUUGUA